UCAGCUGGGCUCCAUUUGACCACCUCCCAUCCCCAGAGAGACCCAGGACGCCCAGAGACGCCCAGAGACGCCCAGAGCGGAGCGACCAUGAGGAGCCUGAACAACCGGGCCGAGAGCCACCUCAGCGGGCAGGCGGAGUGCGAGUUGGAGCGCGUGGGGACCGGGGCGUGGGUGAACCAGGGCUACUGCGGCACGCCCCCGCCCCCGCCCAGGGCGGUGAGCGCCAUCUACGACCCCCAGCCCCUCUACCCCAGCCUGGGUCCGCUGGAGGGCGCGAGGGGCAUGCCGGAGCCGGGACCCCUGAACUCGUUCAAGACCCAGCCAGAGGCCCCCAAGAAGCGGAGGGGCUGUUGCUCCUUCGUCAAAGGGCUGUGGGGCACAACUCUGACCGAAGACAACUCCGACAACAGAGAGCAGUUCAUGCGGACCACUCUGAGGGAGUUACUGGUUUAUCUGGUGUUCCUGGUAGAUAUAUGCCUUCUGACGUAUGGAAUGACCAGCUCAAGCACCUACUAUUACACCAAAGCCAUGACGGACCUGUUUGUGAGCACAAGCGGCGACGGCGGUGUGGCCUUUCAGUCUAUUGACAGCAUGAGCGACUUUUGGACCUAUGCUAAGGGCCCCUUGUUGGAUGGCCUCUACUGGACCAAGUGGUACAACAACCAGCCGCUGGCCAGCGGGGAGAGGUCCUUCAUCUACUACGAGAACAUGCUGCUGGGGGUGCCGCGAAUGCGCCAGAUCAAGAUCAAGGACAACUCCUGCAAGGUCCACAGCGACUUCCAAGACGAAAUCAAGGGCUGCUUCGACGUCUACAACGAGAUCAAAGAGGACGACCAGGGCUCUCGAGACAUCAACGGCACCGCCUGGACGUACCACACAGAGAAGGAGAUCAACGGCUCUGCCCACUGGGGGUUGCUCACCUCGUACAGCGGGGCGGGCUUCUACCAGGACCUGAACACCACCAAGGCGGAGAGCGCUGCCGUGGUGGGCGAGCUGAAGGAGAACCUCUGGUUGGACCGAGGCACCAGAGCCGUCUUCGUUGACUUCUCCACUUACAACGCCAACAUCAACAUGUUCUGCGUCAUCAGGUUGCUGGUUGAAUUCCCAGCUUCUGGUGGCGCUAUUCCUUCCUACCAGAUAAGGACAGUGAAACUGAUCCGCUAUAUCACCUACUGGGAUUACUUCAUACUGGGCUGCGAGUGUGUCUUCUGCUUGUUCAUCCUCUAUUAUAUUGUAGAGGAGAUUCUUGAGUUGCGAAUACACAAGUGCUCUUACUUCAAAAGUGUCUGGAACAUAUUGGACGUCGUUAUAAUAAUGCUUGCCAUCAUUGCGGUGGUGUUCAACGUUUUCCGCACCAUCAAAGUAGACAAGCUGCUGGGCAAACUUUUGCAACAACCAGACAUCUAUGCCGACUUUGAGUUCCUGGCAUUCUGGCAAACACAAUACAAUAAUAUGAAUGCAGUCAACCUGUUCUUCGCUUGGAUAAAGAUUUUCAAAUACAUCAGUUUCAACAAGACGAUGACUCAACUGUCCUCGACGCUGGGUCGAUGUGCGAAGGACAUCCUCGGAUUUGCGGUCAUGUUCUUUAUCGUGUUCUUCGCUUAUGCUCAGCUGGGUUACCUUCUCUUUGGGACGGAGGUGGAUUCCUUCAGCACCUUCGUCAAGUGCAUGUUCACACAGCUCAGGAUAAUCCUCGGCGACUUUGACUACAACGCGAUAGAGCGGGCCAACAGGGUGCUUGGUCCCAUCUACUUCUUCACCUAUGUGUUCUUUGUCUUCUUUGUCCUGCUGAAUAUGUUUCUGGCCAUCAUAAAUGACACGUAUUCUGAGGUGAAGGAGGAGCUCUCAUUGCAGAAAGAUGAUCUUCAGAUUACGGACCUCAUCAAGCAGAGCUACAUGAAGACAUUCAUGAAGCUGAAGCUCAAAAAGGAGAAAAUAUCAGAUGUCCACAAAGCACUACGAUCAAAAUCUGGGGAGAUUGAGUUCAAGGAUUUCAGAGAAACCCUGAAGGAGAUGGGACAUGCCGACCAUGAAAUCUCUGCAGCCUUCUCUCGGUUCGACUACGAUGGUAACCAAGUUCUGGACCAAGAAGAGCAAGAGAGGAUGAAGGCCGAAUUGGAGGAGAAGAGGGAGGCUCUCAGUGCUGAACUCAACCAGCUCGGGAUGGAUUACGAUAAAGGUUCAGAGGAGGAGACGUCCCUUAACACAGCGCAGAAGGAAACAUCAAAUCAAACCACAGUGGAGCAUAGGGAGAUUCAGAGGUUGUCCAGGCAGGUUGUUCAACUGGAAAGCUCUAUUGCAGCCAUUGUGCCGCAAAUUGACAUGAUUAUGAAGAAGCUGGGAUUCAAGUAAACGGUAAGGAAAUCAAUGGGAUAUGUUCAAUAUUAUGUUAUUUGGAUUCUUCUUGUAUGGAUCUGAAUUCAUAACUUGUAUUGUGUGCCUUUUGCCUUUACCCAGGCCAGAACAAUGAAUUUUACUCAGAUGCCAAUUUCUCAGCUCAAACAGAUAGUUGGAUUAAACAGAGAAACCUUACCGGAAGCAGUCCCUUCAGUUCAUUAUGUAUAAUAAUAUGCUCCUCAUAUGUAACCCAAGUAGAACUUACUGUAUAUGAUUCUCAAAUUUGACCUCCCUGUAGGAACAUGAUGUUCUUUUGAGAAGUAUGACAUUAACAGUUCUUUGCAACAUUUCAAUGGUGUUUACCAUUUUGCCUUCACUUCAGCUUGUAUCUUGGAGCAGGAACACAAUUGAACAGUAGUCCAAUCAAUACUAAAAGGAAAUCGAGUGCAUUAUUUUAAGAACCAUAUUCAAUAGCAUAAAUCAAUAUACUUCUAUAAAAUACUUAAAUAGCCUUCCACAAAUUACAAGCAAGCAUUAUGUGCAUGUAGGCAUUUUAGGUUAUAGGUUAUAUAUUAAUGCAGUGUGGUAGAUUUAAAACAAUAUUAUUAUGUGGUUAGCUUGGAUUGCUUUUGCUGUCUUUACAAUAUUCAAUAUGAUGUUCGUUUAUUAUCUUGCUAUUUCCACACCGUAGUACAAAGAUUAAAUAACUGUAUGCUAGGAAAGCUUUAGCUCAAAUUGAUAUCUUACAAAUUAAUGUAAUCAAUGUUAAUGCUACAUUCGCCUUUGUCAAUUCACUGUGGCACGGCUAUCUCUGAGUAUAUUAUACAUACUUGCUAAAAACACAUGAAUCAAUGUACAAGAUUUCUAAAUGCUUACGAUUGUGUUUAUUAUUCUGGGUAUGUAGUGCAUGGUUAACUGUUUAUGUUUUUGUGAUGUGGAUAAGUUAGCCAAAAUACUAGACUAUUUAUGCAAUGUCUAUUUGUAAUGAGAUAGUCUUGCAUUAACUUGAAAACUUUGUCCAAAAUCUAAAUUCAUACGAUUUUGUACUACUUCAAUUUGAACAUACAGGUACGUAUAUUUUUUGCCUGAGGCAAAUCAGCACAAUAUUCAUAAUACAAUAGCUUUAAUGUUUACCCUCUAAAAAUUGCACAUUUGUAUGAAUUAUUACACGAAAAUCUUUCGACUGUAUAUGUAUUGUAUAUAAAUGUGUUAUUUUCCCAGUAAGAGAACAGACACAUUCUAAAGUGAAUUAAUAGAUUGAUGGUGGUAUUUUACAUUCAUAUGUGAAGCAUUAAAUAGAAUCAAUGUUCAUGAAUAACAUGUUUCAAAAGUUCCUUUAUUUUGGAUGGUUUAUUUGUGUCUUCUGUUUGAAUGAAAUGUUGCAAGUUAUCCAGUAGUGCGAUCCAAUUCAGCAUUUGAAUUUCAACUGUCACAAAUAAACUUGCUAUUACAUUCAAUUUUUUAAGCAUCAGAUAUAUUACAUGUCAAACAUGCAAUUCCAACAUAAACAUUGUCCAUUACCUUGUACUCUCUAUAAAUGGCACAAAUAACUACAAUGGGGAAACUUUCGAUUUGAAAUUCACCUGAAAUUGCAAUGAACCUAAUUAUUACAAUUUGCACACAUUGGCAAUUAUGGCGUAUCCAUAAAUUAUAUUGCUAAAUUCUAUGAAUGGAAAUUAGAUUACCUACAUUAUGUACAUAAUCGUCCACUUUUUUAAAGGGUUUAUAUUUACAAAUCCACAUGACCAUGUUCAGUUGUUGCUUUUUAACACAAAAGGAGCUACUUUUAUAAGACUGUACAUAAUGGCACACAAAUUCGAAAUGAUAGGACACAAAUAACAAAUUAUUAUAGCAUUCCCAACUGCUAUUAUAAAUGCUUCAGUCUAAAAUGCUUCUGGAAGUUUGAACAGCUAAACAAUGGUUGAAUGUGAAUUCAGUUUGAAUGAAGGAUGACAUAAGGUUGAAUCAUUGAAGAAAUUGAUUCAAAAAAUAAAUUAAAGAAAAUAUGGAUUUAGUCCUGGAGAGUUACCUUCGUGAACCAUCUUAUAAUCAUGUAAAACACCAAGCAAAUUGAUAUGAAGCAUUGUUUUUUCCUUUAUAUUGAUAAAGGGGAUAAAUCAUGACGUCAAUCACAAUGGCUAGUUUACAGAUUAUUGUUCGAAAUUAGUUCUUCUGUGUAUAUAAAAAAAACAGAUUUAAAAAGGGAGCCUUUACAAUUUUCUGUGAAGGGAAUCAAUGUCACAGGAAUAAACUACCAUUUUAGAUCCAAGGACAAACACGGGAGACAAAUCCCAGAAAGAGUUCAAAUCAUUAUCUGUACAAAAGGUUUUUGGUUUGGGAGAAAAACAGAUGGGAGUUUAAGCUAUUUACAUAGUAUGCAUACACCUCACAUAUUCUGGCCAUGACCUAUGAGAUAGAGGCAAAAUCUACUUUUGGAAUUUGAACACGCAGGUAGGUAUAUUGUGUUUAAACCUGCGUUGUUGAAUUUCCUUUCUUCUUCCUUUCUGGCUCCUCUUUGAGUGAACACAGAUCAUCUGGUUGUCUGUCCCUGGACCAAGUGCCAACAUUAAAAGGUGUUUCCACAUUUAAGCCUUCAUAUCAUCUCGGGUAAAAAAAAAAGCGUUGAAUACUCGAACACUUAAUUAUUACACAAUAUAUAUUUAUAUAUAAAUGACCUGAAACUACGGG